AUGUUGGGAAGGUCACGUCGGCCUGGCAGCGCUGCGUCGCCGCCUUGCUCCUCCUCGCCCCGGCGGCGUGCGCACCACUUCCGGCCGCACGUCGCCUCGCUGCUGCGCGCUUCCGCCGCGGGUGUGCUGUGCUCGUUUCGCGGCCGCAACGCAAAGUUGCGGGACCGGGCCGUCCCCUUUUUGCGGUCGGGUGGUAGUAGCCUGGGCGAGGUGGCUGAAGGCUACGUGGCGCCCGGGAGGCGGCCCCCGACGGUCCGGCGAGCCCGCGCGCGCAUCCUGGCAGCCCCGCGUCCUCCGACGCCCACCGACGACCCUCGGGACGAGCGCGGUCUCCAAGGGCAUGUGGCCCCCGCCCAGCGCUUUCGGUUCUCGGGGGAGCCGGGCCCGGGAGCCGAGGAGACCGUGCUGGAGGUCCGCGUCCCGCAGGUGCGUGAGCGGCACCCGCGGCGAAGCGCGCGGUCCCGCCGCGUGGAGGCGCCCAGGCCGAAGCGGGCCUCGGCAGACCUGGUUGAGGAAGUGAUGGGGACCGGGGACCCUCAGCUCCGCGACCUCCCGCUUUUAGGUUGGCCCCAAUACAAAAGUUUUGGCAGAUUGACAUUUGGGGAGCGUGCUAGGAAGGAGUGUGUCCUACCAGGAAAGUGGCGUUCUUGACCCCUCGUUAACUUUGAACUUGUUGAAGGGCUUUAUUGAUUCAUCCUUGGCUCUCAGCCUCUUUCGGUGCUGGGGAUGGAACCCAGGGUUGCGUGCUAGGCAAGAGCUGUACCAUUGAGCUGCAUCCCAGUCCCGACUAGCAAUUUGGUGUAAAUUUUGGGACCAGGAAUUCCAACUCAGUGCUGGAGGUUUCUUGCGUUCAGCUUCCUCUGAACUCACAGCUGCACCAUUAAUAAUAGUUGAACCUUAUUAGGGUUUUCAUUGCACUGUCAGUUUGCGGCGUUUAUUUGAUGUUAACAGCAGCCGGUGAGUUAGUAAUCCCACGUCAGAGAGGAAGAAACAGUUUGAAAGAAGUAAAAAAGGCUAGAAUAGAACCCAUUUCCAGUACUUUCCAAACGCCUUCACGUUAAAAUAUUUUUUUUUUUUGACAAUACUGGGGUUUGAAUUCAGGGGCUUUGCGCUUGCUAAGCCGAUGCUCUAUUGCUUGAAGCACACCUCCAGCCCUGAAAGUAACUCUUGAUUUUGCUUAAGCUUAGGGGAUGAAGAUAUUCCCUGUGAAUAGAGGCGCAUCUCUAUUCUGGUCAGACAUCAUUCAUUGGGCCUUUAGUGUCCUCCUGGGCAAAAUCCACCAGGUCAGGCCCUUAUUGGUGGUGUACCCCUAUACCUAGUACCUUGAAUGUUUUAGGGAGUAUUUGUUUUUGAGUGGAUCACUCAUGAUAAAGCUUGUAUCUCCGGUUCUUUCACCUUUGACAGUUUUACAUCUUUAGCCUCUUUCUACCACUCCACCAGAUGACUGAAAGACUUGCAGCUGUAUUGCUAGCAUUGAGUGCUUUGUGACUUGCGUUGAGUAUUCCUUAUUACCUUCUGAGACAGUGCUUUUCAGCUGAGGAAAAAGUAUUUACAGUUUAGGCAGCUUGUAUGAGGUCACACAGAUCUAGAGUUGAACACAGAUUGGCUUGCUCCAGUGGUGUAAACUGGUUCUUUGCCUCCCUAAAUAUUGGGCUCUCAUGAUUCUAGUCCUUUCCAAAGGCUCUCGGUGCUGCCUUCUUUCCAAUCCAGGAUUCAGCUCCACAGUACAUCUUCUAGGAUGCCUUUCUUGAUAUGCAUUAGCAUAGGAAGUUACACUUGUGCUUAAAACCUUCCAGUAUCUUCUUGUUGCACUUAGAAUAAAUUCUAAACUGUAGCUGACUCACAGCUCAGAUCCCAACUUUACCUCUGACCUUAUUUGCAGGGUGUAACAUGCCUGUAGCUCCCAUGCCUGUCCUGCCAGGGGCUGUUUGGCAGCCAUGAGGCCUUUCAGUUCCUACAUCAAGGGUUUUGUCUGAGUCAUCCUCUGCCUAUCCACAGCAGCCACCUUGUGGUCACUCUUGCCUGCCCCCAUCCCAUUACUAUCUCACAACACCUUGCUUUACUGUCUUGUAGCAUUUGACACUAACCAAAACUAUGUAAAUUGCUGUUGUCUUUCUCCAGUAGAAGGUACACAGUCCAUGAGAGCUACAUCCCCAGUCAGAAUGUUUCCUGAUCAUCUGGCAUUGUUUUAAAUGCUUGUGGAAGCAUGGUGACACAAGCCUGAAAUCCCAGCACUCUGGAGGCUAAGGCAGGAGGUUCAUGAAUUCAAGGCCAGCUUGGGCUACGUAGUGAGA